CUCCUCCUCUCUCCCGGGUGCCUUUCCCAAUGUUCCGCUGCAGGGCUUCCUGAACUGGCUCCGAGUCUCCCGGGACGGACUUUCCAGAGCCUUCCAGGCGCUGAGAAUGUGAGGCGGCGCAGAUGGCUCUGGUCAGUGAGCAGGUGGAGCGACCUUCGACCCCGCUGCCUCCCGCCGAACACGUCUGCCAGGAGGCUCGCGGCUCCCGCAGCACGGCAGAGAGUGAAGGUCGGAGGAGACCGAGGAGGCGAGAGACGUUGCUCACUGACCCCCGAGUAGAUACGGAGGAGUCACAGCACAGGAGACUGACGGGAGUCCAGCUGAAGCCGGUGGAGCAUCUCUCGACCCCGCUGACCCCCAGCGACUGCGAGGUCAAGUUUGAAGUGAAGCGGUCCCAGUCCAGCCAGCUGUCCAAAGCCAACGCUCACUUCCACAAGCUCUUCAAGGAGGUCUGCAGAGAUGAGCCACUCAGACAGAGCUACACCUGUGCGCUGCAGAAGGACAUGCUGUACCAGGGGAAGAUGUUUGUCUCCGACAGCUGGAUCUGUUUCCACUCCAAAGUCUUUGGCCGAGACACCAAGAUCUCCAUCCCGGUCACUGCGGUCACCUUCAUCAAGAAGACUAAGACGGCACUGCUGGUGCCCAAUGCUCUGGUGGUGGAGACCAGCAGCGAGCAGCACGUCUUUGUUUCCUUCCUGUCCCGGAACGCCACGUUCAAGCUCCUCAAGUCCGUCUGUGCUCAUCUGGAGGUGGAGAAGAGCAGCAGUCCUCUGGUGUCCUCGUGUGAGCACAGCUUCAGGGUUGGCUGCUCCUCCUCGCUUCCUCUGUUCCCCGCCGACUUCUCCCACCUGGACGGAGUCGUGCAGCGACGGCGGCAGGACAUGAUGGAGAGCAGCAGCUCCGGGUCCCGGACGCCGGACUACGACAAAGUGAGCGAUGUUUGUGCCACAGACUUCAGCGCGCUGCCCGACUCCUUCCUUAAUGUGGUGAAGAGUGCAGAGGUUUCGGUCCACGCAGACGUUCACCUGCAGAACUCGGGACAGAACCACGGGCCGUCCAAACCUUCCAGAACUCACCGGGAGAAAUCCUCUCAGUCCAGUUCUCUGCACCUGCUGCUGCUGAUCUACCUGUUUCUGGUGAGCCUCCUGGUGGUGUCCACCUGCUACAUGGCUCUGAAGAUCGUGGCUCUGGAGCACCGCCUGGACUCCUUGCUGUCCCUGGGCCAGAACCUUCAGAACCGGCAGAGCUCCGGCGGUCAGACGCAGGACGAGCUGAACGCAGAGAUCUAUGGAGAGCUGUCCACCAACCUGUUCAAGCUGGAGAAGAUUCAGAGAAACCUCAGGAAACUUCUGCAGACGUGAAGAAGAGCCACAGGACAACAGCACCUUGUAGCCAACAAGUAGCAAGAGGAUGGUGCAGGGGUGCCAGUGUUUCUUCUUCUCCUCCUUCUUCUUUCUUGACUGCACGUCACCUUCAUCCUCCUCCUCUGCCUCCUCCUUCUGCUUCUCCAUCUCCUGAUGGAGCAUCACUUUGCUACCUGACCUCUCAGGAGGCUGUGAACUGAACCAGAUCCUUGGAUUCUUCUUCUGCUGUCUGAUCCUUGUCCUCUGCCCCAGAGCCCUCCACUGGUGUCAUGGGUGCCUCUGGCUCGCCCAGUUCCCUCUUUACAUUGCUGUCUGGAUGUGGAUGAAGAGAGUUUUUGCGCCCCCUAGUGUUGGGAAAACAUUUGCCACUCAGCCAUGUUGCCUAAAAGUGAGCCCUUCACACACGUCGGCUCACUAUUUGUCAAGCACUUGUUACGUCACUCUCUAUUUUUAAAUUGAGUAUUGUAUUUGUUUGUUUGUAGAACAGCCAGGCACAUUUUGGGCAAAUAUGAAAUGUUUCUGUGCAUAAGAAAUGUUUCAAAUUCCAGCUGGAAUAAGUGACAUGACAGAGUGAGGUGAUCAUGUGAUGUUGGUGGAGUGUGGAGGGUGUUCAGGGGGUCCACAAGAAGGACGACACACACACUCAGAUCAGUCUUAUUCUUAAGGAUUCUCCAGACUGUUCAGACACUGACCUGACCUCCACACAUAGGUCCUCGGCUUCUCCUUCACUCACUCUCUGGAUCCUCAGUGAGUGACCUACUGCAGCCCCACAUUGUUACAGGUGUUGUCUCCACCAUUAAACUGGGUGCACUGUCUGUCUUUUGGGGGUUUAGAACAGGUCAGAUCUGGUCACAUCAUUUCCCGUGGUCCAAAUUGAUAGUAACAUUUUAGUCUGUUCAGAACCAUUGAUCCCUGUGACCCCAGUUACCACUGCAUCGACCCACCUGGCUGGUGAGACCAAUACCAGCUAAAGAGUUUUAGAAUCAGAUUUCUUCAGUCCAUAUGAGCCACAGAUGUCCAUGAUUGAUCUGCCUUAACAUAGCAGCGUGUGUUUUUAAGACGAAAAAUAAAAACAUGUCUUUCUGCCUCUAGAUUCUAUAUAUAAUUGUUUUUUUUUACUUUUAUAUUUGUUUGCAAAUAUGUUUUCGACUAGUUGAAUACAAACGACAAAAAAUAAUGCAAUUGAAGUGUCAAAAAUUGGUGGCUGAAAUAAAUAUAUGGAACAAACUUAUUUUAAAUAUUUGUGAGCAAUUGUUAUCAAUACAUUCAUAUGUAAUCAGAAUGAGAACAUUCCCAUUAAA